AUGGGCACGCAUGAGCACGAUGAGCUCAUAGCCAACGUCGAGAACGGCACCUACGCCAAGCUCAUCCGCAUGCAGGAGCAGGCGCACGAGGCGGCGCUCGUCAACACCCGCCGCAGCAGCGCCAGGCCCUCCAGCGCCCACAACUCCGUCAUCCUGCUGCUGGACGAGGUCACCAGCGCGCUUGACUCCGACUCGGAGACGCUCAGGCAGGAGGCGCUGGACCGCUUCAUGAUCGGGUGCACCACCCUGGUGAUCGCGCACAGGCUUGUGGUCCUUCAGCCCCAGGUAGUUGCUGGCAAAUGCCUUGAACGCCUCGAAGUCGCAGAGUGUGAAAUGGAUGUGAACGUCCAGCUAGCCCGGGCGCAGCACCGCGGUGUCGAUGGCGUCCUUGCCCCCGUGCAUGGUGAACACCCAUGA